GGGUGAACGGAUCCUCCUCUUUGUGGUGGUGGUUCUUCUUUAUUGCGUGCUGUGUACCACUUUGAGUGUGUGGUAGUGUGAUCUGAGUGCACCUUGGUGUGUGUGCGUGAAAGUGUGCCCUUGUAAAACCAGACUCCAUUUUGUUUCCUGCCGUUGGGAGCCUCAGCCCUGCUGGAACCAGACAGAGGCAGUCCCUUUCGGUGGUCCGGCACAAGUUAAAUUCAGUUACGUAUUAGUGGUAAGUGCUGGUGCAUUUGCAAUUAUGGAGGAUGAAAUGCGUGAGUUAAGAGAUUUGGUAGCCCAAUUAAAAUCGGAUAAUGAACGAUUGAGACAAGAACAAGUGUCUGUUGCACAGCCAGGCCCAUCUAAUGUUUCUAUUCCUGCAGUUGCAGAUCCCCCACUCGUUGGUGCUGAUGCAUCGGCAAUGGAACGGUUUGUUUUUGUUCCUCGAGAUCGUAAGUGCCCAAAGUUUAGUGGUCGGUCGGGCAUUGGCAUCGACGAGUGGGUGGAGGAGGCUCAGGCUUGUAUGCGGCUUCGCCGUCUGUCUACAGUUGAUCAGGCAUUUUUCUUGGUUGAUCAUCUGGAGGGAGAGGCGAGGGAAGAAAUUCGUUAUCGGUCAGUGAACGAGAGGGAGGAUCCAAAACAAAUUAUUCGAGUAUUGCGCGAAUUGUAUGGUUGCACAAAGUCUUACGUAGCACUUCAAGAGUCGUUUUUUUCCAGAAGACAACAGGAAGGGGAAACUUUGGUAGAGUUUUCUUUGGCCUUGAUGAGUCUUCUGGAAAAAGUUAAAAAUCAGUCCCCUCAUGGCAUCCCUAAUGGUGAAAUUUUGCUGAGGGAUCAGUUUGUUGAGUAUGUUAAUGAUUGUGCUCUUCGACGUGAACUGAAGCAGUUAGUGCGUCGUCAACCCACUGUCACAUUAUUUGAUGUUCGCAGCGAAGCCCUUCGUUGGGAAAGAGAGGGUAUGCCUGGGGGGGUGCGUGGUCGAAGUCAGUCCGUUCCAUCCGCUUAUGGCAUUCAAUAUGGGGUACAGGGACGGCAGCACCUUAAUAGUAGUGAUGGUUCAGCAGUGUCAGAAAUGAGUGAACUGCGGGACAUGCUGCGGAAGCAGCA